UACUGUAAGUACUGAAAACAAAAAGGACGUACGUAUUAAUAUCUACCAUUGAUCUAUUUAAAUUAAUUAAGAUUCUAUAAGUGAUAAUUAGCUGAAAAAAAAGAAGUCGCUGCGACCUUUUCACCCGAAAAAUGGUGGCGAGGUUGAGCGCCGAAGCUAUAGAGAAAAAAGAAAAAAAAAAAAAAAAAAUUAUUUAUUUCCCAGACCCCGAGAGGCCUGUUCUAAUGCGCUUCGGUGAGUAGCGUCCAAAUACAAUUGAUUCGCAAGAUUUAAUUAUCGUAUUCUCGCCAUUUAUGGGAAAUAGGAGUUAAUUCGAUGUGAGUAUGUGUGUAUAAAAAAUAAUUUACCUUGGGGAAAAAUAUUCAUGCGGGUUCACAAAAAAAAAACGAAGCAAAUUUUCUGUAAGUAAUACUCGCGAAUUGCCAAAACAAAAAAAAAAAAAAAAAAAAAAACACGUGCAAAGACUUUUUUUUCUUGAAUAUUCCUCCCUUUGUUGAAACAAAAUAAAAAUAAAUAAACUUAAAUGUGUAAAUAUCCUCUUUAAAGCCUUACGGUACUUUUUUUUUUCUUUUUUUACUUGCAAUUGUUCGCUUUCUGUUUAUUUCUCUCUACUUUCUGAUUUGAGUUAUUUAGUUUAUUGAUGUAGAUUGCAUGUUUUGUGAUUGUCCAUACAUUGAUUACUAAAAAUUUUUCGCACUGAAUAAUAUAUAUUCUAUAUAUUUUUUUCCAAACACAUAAAGUAGAAGAGGAAAUACUUUCUUUUUUUUAUUAUCGCAAGCACGUGUGAUUUGUUAGAAAUGGAAUUUUUAGAAGUCAAUUGUUUUUCAUUUAGAAAAAAAAAAUAUAUUCUUUUUCUCUCAAGUAUAUCUGUUCGACAUAUAUAUAUUUUUUUUUCUUCUUCUUUUGGCAAUUUGUGAAUGUUCGAGAUUAUAGAGGAGCAAUAAAGAUCAAGUGGGCUCGAAGAAGAGACAAUAUUAGGUGGAAUUACACGACAUGCCAGUGCUGUUUACAAAAAUUCCCUCAUCAUUUAUGGAUGUGUGUGCUGAUUGUAGCAUCGUUGCCAUCGCAUUGUCGCGUCAGGCGGAGAGGGUUGCCACUCUAACUACUGGCCAUUAGCUCUUCGUAUACGUUCUCAAUGGCAAAUACAAGAGAGUUAACGACGCAAUGGUGCAUAUUAUUUUUCGCAUGGACCUGGGAGAAUGCCCCCAGAUUCACGACUUGGCCCUUCGGGCUGACUUCGAGGCUGCUCAAAAGAAGAAGGAUCACUUUUAUGACAUUGACGCGAUGGAACAUCUGCAAAAUUUCAUUGCGGACUGCGACAGACGUACGGAGCAAGCAAAACAAAGACUGGCUGAAACUCAAGAAGAAUUAAGCGCUGAAGUAGCAGCGAAAGCAAAUAGCGUUCAUAUUCUUGCUGAAGAAAUUGGCAAAAAAUUGGCAAAAGCAGAACAAUUGGGUGAGGAAGGUUUUGUUGAAGAAUCAAUGAAAUUGAUGGGUGAAAUCGAUGAAUUGCGUAAAAAGAAAAAUGAAGCUGAGCAAGAAUAUCGAAAUAGCAUGCCAGCAUCAAGUUAUCAACAACAAAAGCUACGUGUUUGCGAAGUGUGCAGUGCUUAUCUUGGUAUACAUGACAACGAUAGACGGCUAGCCGAUCAUUUUGGUGGGAAAUUACAUUUAGGAUUUAUCAAAAUUCGUGAGAAAUUGUCCGAUCUUGAGAAGACAGUUGAGGAUAGACGUAAAGAGAAACGAGAUUCAAUGAAUGACAGAGAUAGAACAAGAGAUCGUGAUAGGGACAGAGGUCGAGAUAGAGACAGGGAUCGUGAUCGUGAACGCGACAGAAGUCGUUCAAGAUACAGGGACAGAGAACGUGAUCGCGAUCGUGAUCGUGAUCGUAGAGAUAAAGACAGAAGGAGAUCACGAUCGCGUAGUCGCAGUCGAGGAAAAAGAUCGCGACGUUCACGCAGUGGAAGUCGAAAUCGACGAUCUCGUUCACGACGAAGUGGAUCCAAUGAUAGAAAGAAGUAAGACAAUUUAAUAAAGGGUCAAAUCCACGUGCAGUAUAAAACGCACUCCGAAAAAAAAACAAAUAUAUUACUGAUAGUUACAAUUUUACACAUCACCAGUUAAUUUCUCUCAGUUAAUUGUUAAUUUCUUCGCAUUCAUGUGACAAAAUAGAUUAUUUCUUAUUGAAAAUAGAUAGCUUUGGAAGUGGCUACUUGUUGUAAUUGAUUUUCAUAUAUGGAAUGGAUAAAUUGAUUGAUCUUAUAUGAAAAAUAGAUAUAUAGAUAUAUAUCUCUAGAAUUAGUAAUUUAAGAAAAUUAUUAUACACCGACUUUAUACUACUAUUUUGAGUUGUUUAGUGAUGAGGGAAAUUUACAAUAAGCACUGCUGUUUAUACAUGGACGAAAAGCAUCAGGUAAUUUUAAUUAAUUUUUGUGUUUCUCUUUUUCAAAUUUCAAUUUCAUAUUUAUAGAAAAUAAUAAUUGUGUAAUGUACCAGAAGAAACAAAAAUAAAAUACACAUGUGUUUAAA